AUGGCUACAGGUGAAAAUGUUGACUCGCAACAGUAUACACGUGUAUCAGAUAUUGCCAAUGAACCGCAAAAGAUGUUCAUGCCAAUUGAAGGAUACGAAGAAAUGCCAAUAGUGCCAUUGGAGGAAGCUGUUGCACCACUUCUCUCGAUUUUACCUAAAAUUCAAACUUAUACUUAUGUGGCAAAACAACGAUGCGAAUCUGUAUCACCCGAUGGUUUAACUCAGGAUGAAUCAGCUUCAGUCAUUCUUUACUCUAUGGAAUGGGAACCACAUGAAAAAUGCUUAUAUUUUGCCCUCAACGCAGCUCUUCGCACUGAAGACAGGAGAAAAUUAAAACCAUGGUUUUUGUAUUUGAAACUUGUUCUUACAGCACUCGAAAAAUUACCAUCCAGACGGUGCACUGUGUUUCGUGGAGUGAAUUUAGAUCUAGCGAAUCAAUAUACUAAAGGGAAAACAUUUGUGUGGUGGGGAUUUUCUUCAUGUACAACAUCGAUAGAAGUACUCGAAAACGAACAGUUUUUAGACAAAACUGGUCAAAGAACACUGUUUACUAUCGAAUGUGAUAGUGGCAAAGAUAUCAGUCAUCAUUCGUAUUAUCAAUCGGAACAAGAAGUUCUCCUUCUGGCUGCUCGACAAUUUACUGUAGUAGCUUGUCUUCGACCAGCACCAGGUCUUCAUAUGAUUCAACUAAAAGAAACAAAGCCUCCAAUUACUCUUUUACAACCAGCCACGAAUCAGUCUAUGCAGAUUAAACCAACACCCGACCUUCAUAUGAUUCAAUCAGAAGAAACAAAGCCUUCGAUUACUCUUUUACAACCAGCUACAAAUCAAUCUGUGCAAAUUAAACCAACACCGAAACAAAUUCAAAUAAAAAAAAAGAAUAAGUUUAGACAAUUUGCGAUUACUGUUGCUGGAGGAAAUGGAAAAGGGCAGAAAUUAAACCAACUCUCUGAUCCUCAUGGGAUGUUUAUCGAUAAUGAUAAAUCAAUUUAUAUCGCUGAUUGGUCGAAUCAUCGUAUUGUUAAAUGGAAACUGAAUUCAAAUACUGGUCAAAUCAUUGCAGGUGGAAAUGGACAAGGAAAUCAAAAUAAUCAAUUGAAUCGUCCAACAGAUGUGAUUUUUGAUAACGAAAAUAAUUCUUUUAUUAUUUCUGAUCAUGGAAACAACCGAGUAAUUCGAUAUUUUGACCAAAAUCAAAUAAAUCAUCAAAUUCUUGUUUCAAAUAUUUAUUGUGAGUUUCUGACAAUCGAUAAAAAUGGAUUUAUUUAUGUCUCUGAUUGUUGGAAUCAUGAAGUAGGACGAUAUCAACAAGGAGAUGAAAAAGGUGAAUUAGUUGCAGGUGGAAAUGGUAAAGGAAAUCAUCUUAAUCAACUCAAUCAACCUGCUUUUAUCUUUAUUGAUGAAGAUUUUUCUCUUUAUAUAUCAGAUUUCUAUAAUCAUCGUGUAGUGAAAUGGACAAAAGAUGCAAAAGAAGGAAUUAUUGUUGCUGGUGGAAAUGGUAAUGGGAAUAGUCUCAAACAAUUGUCGUAUCCUUAUGGAGUGAUUAUUGAUCAUUUGGGUCAAAUCUAUGUGGCAGAUAGUGGAAAUGAUCGAGUAAUGCGUUGGUGUGAAGGAGAUAAAGAAGGUGAAAUUGUUGUUGGUGGAAAUGGUAAAGGAAAUCAACCAAAUCAAUUCAAUUUACCCGUAAGUUUAUCAUUUGAUAAUGAAGAAAAUCUUUAUGUUGCUGAUAAUGAAAAUCAUCGAAUCCAAAAAUACGAAAAUAUUUCAAAUGAAACCUUUUUUUGA